AUGGCAAUAAACUUCAUAUCUAAAUCCAAUAGUAAAAAUUUCAUGAUAUUUUCAGAUUCAUUAUCAACAGUUACGGCGCUUAAACAAUAUAGACCUCAACACAACCUUAUAAUUCAAACGCAAAACAGGAUACAUGAUAACUUGAAUGAUAACAAUGGUAAGAAAAUAACUCUGAUAUGGAUACCCAGUCACAUAGGAAUUCAGGGUAAUGAGGAAGUCGAUCAACUGGCAUCACAAGCUCACAAUAUUCCAAUAUCAAAUCUUCCCAUCCCACACAAUGAUUUAAGAUUUUGGACAAAAAAGGUUUCAAUGGAGAAAUGGCAACUUGAAUGGAACCAAACAUCAAACUUUCUUAAAUUAUCCACACCAUUUCUCAGCCAAAAAAAUGAAUUUAAAGGUUUAAAACAUAAACCUCAGACAAUUAUCAAUAGAUUAAAAAUAGGCCAUUCAAGUUUGACUCAUUCCUGGAUUCUCAACAAAAAAAAUUCGCCUACAUGCAACUCUUGUAACGAAAAACUAUCCAUCACAUUUUGGUCAAAUGUAAUAAUCACAAUAAUAGUAGGAAACGACAUGACAUCCCUUCAGAAGUAG